AGCAUUUAUAAAUUUCAGGUAAAUUUCGGAGGGACUGUGAGGAGAUUAGGGUUUUUCUUCUCUCUCUGCAGAGCAAAACAAGAAGAAGAAGAAAGAAGCAGAAGCAACAAUGGAUGGUGUCACAGAGGGAGUGAACAACUUGCAGAUCACGGACUCAUCAUACAACAACAAGAAGAAUCGCAUCCAAGUCUCAAAUACCAAAAAGCCCCUCUUCUUCUAUGUCAAUCUUGCCAAGAGGUACAUGGAGCAGAACAAUGAGGUGGAGCUCUCUGCCCUUGGAAUGGCUAUUGCUACUGUUGUUACCAUUGCUGAGAUUCUGAAGAACAAUGGAUUGGCUUUCGAGAAAAAGAUCACGACUUCUACAAUUGACAUGAGGGAGGAUGCAGGGGGGCGGCCAAUUCAAAAGGCAAAGAUUGAAAUACUGCUAGGAAAGUCUGAGAAGUUUGACGAGAUAAUGGCCGCUGAUGCUGCUGCUGCUGCUGUUGCUGCAGAGGAAGCCCUUGAGUAUGAGCAGAGUUGAAGUUUGUUGUUUCUGAUAUCUAGCUUGGUGCACGCACUGUUAGGUCUUCAAAAACUGGCGGAUGUCUUACUUUUGUUCUUAGGUUUGCCUCUCUAGUGGUGUUUGUUUAGCUGUGAUAAAAUUUCUUUUUAGGAUUUGUUGUAAAAUACAGUCAUCUCUGCUAUCAAAAUAUUCAAAUUUGUUCCCAGGUUCAUUAUUUUAGCUUACAUGUGUAACAUUGUUAAGUUGCUGCAAGAUUUUGAGAUGCUCUACCCA